GCUGCUUGUUGUUGCCUAUGGAGACCUUGCAUGGUUAUACUAUCAUAUGGGUAAUUUUGCAGAAUGUGAAAGCUACCUGAAUAAACUGAGUGAAAUUAAAGAGAAAUAUCCAUCUGUCCCAUACGCAGAGGUGCUCGGAGAAAAAGGAUGGACCUUCCUCAAGUUUUCUCGGAAAUAUUAUGAAAGGGCUGAAGAGUGCUUCAGGAAGGCCUUGGAGCUGGACCCAGAGGAGGGUGAAUGGAAUGCCGGCCUUGCCAUUGCUCUGUAUUGGGCAGAUGAUAUGUUCAAAGAUCCAGUGGUAAUUGAUCAACUUAGACAGGCCAUAGCCACUAAUCCAGAUGAUGAUGUUCUUAAAGUUCUGCUUGGUUUGAGAUUGGCUGCUAAUAAGAAGUAUAGCGAGGCAGAGAGCCUAGUGGAGCAAGCCUUAGAGAGGUCUCCAGAACACCCCCAUGUGAUGCGAUAUGUUGGGAAGUAUUUCUGGAAUGAAGGAUCUGUGGACAGGUUCACUGCCCUUCUAAAGAGAGCGUUAGAGAAAGUGUCCAACGCAGCCUUUAUACACCAUCAGCUGGGGCUCUGCUAUAAGAAAAAGAUCCUGAAUCUGAUGCAAGCAGGAAGCCACCACACAAAAGGUGCUGAAAUUAAGCGAGCUUGAGAGCAGUGUAUUUACCAUUUGGAGAUGGCAACUGAACUGAAGACCAGCUUCAUCACUGCUAUGUAUGAACUGGC